CUGCCAUUGACGUCAGUCCUAGGGUUCAUUUUAUGGAUGGCUUAGUGUAUGCGAGCAGUUUUGAAGAUGCUUUCUUAAUAAAUGUGUUGCUAGCAACUUCUUAAUCCUUCUUAAUAAUGUCUAAAUUGUCACGUUACAUAGUGGCUGAAAGAAAGGGCCAGGAUGAAGUGAAAUACACUAUUAUUUUUAGUAGUAGUAUUUUUUAUUAUUUUAUAAUUCGCCUAAAAGCGUGGUUAUGGUUGGUGAAGGGAAGUCAGUGCAGGUAAAAGCCAUUGGAGAACUCCGGUGUAUGAACCUGCUCCUCUCCAUGUCCGUGUGUUCAUAUCUCACCGCUCAUCCGCGGAAGGGGGACUAUUUUUUAAUUGGACAGAGAAUUGUCAGGGACGUCAUGUCUGUGUUUAAGCUGCGCUGCUCAUCCGGACCAAAAUCCAGCUCGCUUUCCGUUAUCUGGCACCGUUUUCCAAGUUCAGAACUCAGGAUGAGUUUAUUUUUGAUUCUGAUUUUAGGAAGUUUUGACCCUGGUCUGUCGGCUGUGUCGGGACGUGGGGAGCUUUACACCAACCACUGGGCUGUGCGCAUCACAGGUGGUCCGGAGAAAGCUGAAAAGAUCGCAGCGAAAUAUGGUUACAGAAAUCUGGGUCAGAUAGGAAGUCUUGAGGAUCAUUACCAUUUCCACCACAGUAGAGUGGUUCGCAGGGCUGCGUACUCUUUGAGGGGUCCCCACAGCUUCAUCCACAUGGAUCCCAAGGUGGAUUGGGCCCAGCAGCAAGUAGCGAAACCAAGAGUGAAAAGGUAUGCCCCAAGUGACCCAACCUUCAUUCACUUCAAUGACCCUAAAUGGUCCAACAUGUGGUACAUUCACUGUAAUAAUAAGAGCAGUAGCUGUCGCUCAGAGAUGAAUAUUCUGGGAGCUUGGCAGAGGGGCUACAGUGGCAAAAAUGUGGUGGUCACUAUAUUGGAUGAUGGCAUCGAGAGGACCCACCCUGAUCUCGCUCAGAACUAUGACCAUCUUGCAAGUUAUGAUGUCAAUGGGAAUGACUAUGAUCCUACACCACGUUACGACUCCCACAAUGAAAACAUACACGGGACUCGAUGUGCUGGCGAAGUUGCAGCAGUGGCCAACAACUCCAAUUGUAUUGUUGGGAUUGCCUACAACUCUCGCAUUGGAGGGAUCCGGAUGCUGGAUGGUGAUGUGACUGAUAUAGUGGAGGCCAAGUCCCUGGGAAUCCGACCUGAUUACAUCCACAUCUACAGUGCUAGCUGGGGACCAAAAGAUGAUGGCAAGACAGUAGAUGGCCCAGGGCCGCUAACCAAGCUGGCUUUUGAGCAAAACAUCAAGAAGGGCCGCAGAGGCCUGGGGUCAAUUUUUGUCUGGGCAUCAGGUAACGGUGGUCGGCAGGGUGAUCACUGUUCAUGUGAUGGUUACACAAGCAGCAUCUACACCAUCUCCAUCUCCAGCACCACAGAGAAUGGAAACAAGCCCUGGUACCUGGAAAUCUGUAGCUCCAUCAUGGCCACAACUUACAGCAGUGGAGAGUUUAACGAAAGGAAGAUUGUAACCACUGAUGUUUGGCAGCGCUGCACUGAUGGACAUACUGGCACAUCUGUUUCUGCUCCCAUUGUGGCUGGAAUCAUAGCUCUCACCCUGGAGGCCAAUGUUUUACUCACAUGGAGAGAUGUACAACAUCUUCUGGUAAAGACAUCCAGACCAGUCCACCUGAAAGCUGAUGACUGGAAGACCAACGCAGCUGGACACAGAGUCAGUCACCUGUAUGGAUUUGGCCUGGUGGAUGCAGAGGCAAUGGUGCUGGAGGCUUCCAAAUGGAAGACAGUUCCUUCUCAACACAUCUGCAGUCAAAUACCUGACCGACGCACCAGGCUCAUUCGUGCUGGCCAAACCCUGAACAGUAGCAUUACCACCUCUGGAUGUUCAGAAGAAUCUGAACAGCAUGUGGCUUACCUGGAGCAUGUGGUGGUUAAGGUCCAGAUAAUCCACCCACGAAGAGGAGACCUGGAGAUCAACAUCAUCUCUCCAUCCGGGACAAGAUCACAGCUACUGGCAAAGAGGUUGUUUGACAGUUCCAGUGAGGGUUUCAGAAACUGGGAGUUCAUGACAGUUCAUUUUUGGGGUGAGAAGGCAGAAGGCACAUGGAAUCUAGAGAUCAUUGAUUCUCCCUCAAAGCUACGCAAACCUGGGGUACCUGGCAGCCUAAAAGAAUGGACUCUGACUCUUUAUGGCACAUCUGAGAACCCUUACCAGAGCAACAGUGCUCCGGAUAUCCCUGCCUCAGAGCUGCUAGUGAAGGAGUCAGAGGAGGAAGAGGAGGACGAGUACAAUGGGCCAUGCCACAGUGAGUGUGGAGACCAGGGCUGUGAUGGACCAGAGGCUGACCACUGCCUCAACUGUAUCCAUUUCAGCUUGGGCAGCUUAAAAAGUGGCAGAACUUGUGUGAGACAGUGUCCACUGGGAUACUUCAAGGACGUGGUAUCUCGACGCUGCAGACGUUGCUAUAAAGGCUGUGGAGGAUGUGUUGGCCGAUCACCUGGUGAUUGUUUCUCCUGCCGAAGGGGUCUCUACCUCAACCUGCUAAACUCCAGCUGCACUGCAACCUGCCCUCCAGGUUACUUUGCUAAAGAUAAUCUCUGCGUGAAGUGCCAUGACUCCUGUACAAUAUGUGUGACGUAUGCAGACAGAUGCACUGCCUGCAGUGAAGGCUACACCCUGGCAGGAAUGACUUGCAUUCCUGAAUGCCCCAGUGGAACUUUUUUCCAUCUGGAAGAGAUGACAUGCAGCCCUUGUCAUUCUUCUUGUAUGACUUGUACCGGGCCAGGUGAGGAAGAGUGCAUCCAGUGUGCCGAGGGCUACCUGCAGCAGGAGUGGAGGUGUGUGGAGGCGUGUACUCCUGGGUAUUACCCUGGAAAGGCAGCAGGACUCCCUCAUAACACGUGCCACAGGUGUGAGGAAAACUGUCUGAGCUGCAGUGGUCCUGGAACAUGCACCAAAUGCAAAGCAGAUUACAGUCUGAUCAACCGGACUUGUGUUGUGAAUGCGUCCUGUAAUAAUGCUGAUGAGGUGUUCUGUGAAAUGGUGAAGUCGAACCGUCUCUGUGAGAGGAAGUUUUACCACCACUUCUGCUGCCGUACCUGUCUGAUGAACGGAUGAGGAAUCAGCCACACCUGCUCCUGUCUCAGUCAGUUAAUAAAAACAGACCAAAACUAAGUGUUGUGUUACAGUUUGGUCAAACCUAAGUUAGUUAUAGUCAUUUUAAAUGAACUCCCUGUUUUUAGCAGGGCAUUUACCAUUUUCCUCGUGGUGGAUCUUACCGGAGUGAAUCUCUAGUUAUCGUCCAACCUCUGAGGGCAGGUGGGAUUUUUUUAAACGCAGUAUGUGGAAUAUGUAAAAAUAUUCUGACUAAACAUCUAAGCUUAUGUUGUACUAAAUGUGUAAAAGGUAAAACUGACAGUUUUAUUCAAAUGUAGUUAUGAAUGGAGCUGACAAUAAAAUAAAUGUAUUUUAUUUGUGGUUUA